GCUCUGUCCCGGCUCUCACCGCCUGUCCCGUGAGGAAGCGCUCGGAGCAGCGGUGCGCACUCUCUCCGCUACCACUUUACCGCCCGACAACAUGUGAAAGUACAAUAACUACUUCUAAUUCCAUGGAAAAACGCCUUCUUUUCCAGGACCAUGGGGUUUGGGCAGAUCCUCCCGCACUCUGCCUCUGAGGGCCAGGUGCGUCUGAAUGUGGGGGGAGUCCGUCACCGCGUGGACCCCCAGACACUGCUGCGCUUCCCCCACACUCGGCUGGGCCGUCUGGUGCUGUGUCGGAGCGAGACGGCCAUCUUGGAACUGUGUGAUGACUACAGCCCUCUGGAGAAAGAGUAUUACUUCGAUCGGAACCCGCGAGUCUUCCUGUGUGUGCUCAACUUCUACAACACGGGCCAGAUCCACACGCUGGAGGAGCUGUGUGUCUUCUCCUUCAGCCAGGAAAUCGAGUACUGGGGCAUCCACGAGCUGCACCUCAGCCCCUGCUGCAGCAACUGGUACCAUGAAAGGAAGGAGUAUGUGGAGGAGCGAGACUGGGACAACCGCAGUGACGACCAGGCACAGCCCAGCUUCGAUUCUUCCAUGGAGGAGCUCUCUGCGCUGGACAAGGAUCUGGCCAAGUUCAAGGGUGCCUGGUGUGGGGAGGUGCGGAGCUACGUGUGGCUGAGGCUGGAAGACCCUGCCCACUCUUGUGCCUCCAAAAUCAUUGCCGUGGCCUCCCUCAGCGUUGUGCUAACCUCCAUCAUAGCCAUGUGCGUACACAGCAUGCCUGAGUUCCAACAGCAUGACGACAACGACAAACUCAUCGAAGAUCCCGUUUUGGCCAUUUUGGAGGAGAUCUGCAUCGCCUGCUUCUCUGCCGAGUUCAUCAUACGCCUGAUUGUUGCUCCGUCUCGCCGCAAGUUUUUGGGGAACCCUCUAAACAUUAUCGACGUCGCCUCUAUUUUGCCCUUCUAUGCCACACUCGCCCUGGAAACUGCUGACGAAGACGCGGAGGAGAACGAGGACAUCGAAAAUGUUGGCAAGGUGGUUCAAGUUCUGCGACUGAUGCGAGUGCUUCGUAUCCUCAAACUGGCACGACAUUCCAUCGGACUGCGAGCCCUCGGAGCCACCAUCCGUCAUAGCUACCAUGAGGUUGGCCUGCUCCUGCUCUUCCUCUCCGUGGGGAUCUCCAUAUUCUCUGCGCUCAUUUACUUUGCCGAAAAAGAGGAUCAGGACGCGGACUUGGGGACCAUUCCUUCAGGUUGGUGGUGGGCUACCAUCACCAUGACGACUGUAGGCUAUGGCGACACCUGCCCGGUGACACUGCCUGGGAAAAUAGUAGCGACUUUGUGCAUCAUUUGCGGGCUGCUGGUGGUAGCCUUACCGAUUACCAUUAUAUUCAACAAGUUUUCAAAGUACUAUCAGAGGAACAAAGCCAUGGAAGGUCAGUGUAUUGAGAAGCCAGAAAGGAAGGAUCCAGAACUUCCAUAUUAUAGCAUCCGAGACCUUUUCACAGAGAAUUUGUACCCGUUCUUAGGAGGACUGGCCUACAGAGACAGUGUGAGCUCCAGAGGGGAGGACACUGACGCCUCCAGCCUUCAGGACAUGGAGAUGUACGAGAAUGAUGGCUGUGAGAAAGUGCCCAAAUCAACAUGAAGCC